UUCAUCUUACCCUCAUUUCACACUCACGAGGCCUUCUGGUACAACGAAGUCCUUUUAUUCUGGCCUUGCAUGAGGCCUUCUCGCGCUAUUGCGCCCGGUUCGCGAUUGCUAUGUUCUACGGGAAUGAUCAUAGACCCCAUAUCCGGGAGGUUCGUAGAUCAGCGAAUGGCUCAUCUUGACCCUGAGGAGUUACUAGAAUGCCCUUUCGACCCUCUUCAUCAAAUAAGAGCUAAAAGAUUUCAGUACCAUUUGGUUAAGUGCUCGAAAGUAAGAAUUUAUCUGCGAACAUGUAGCAUUCUGCUAGGUCGAUCGACAUUCUUACAGCAACACGGGCGUCCCUUCUACCAGUGUCCUAACAAUGCGCGGCAUGUGAAGACGUCGAAAGAAGACUUUGACGCUCACAAAUUAGUGUGUGAAGAUAGGAAACAAGUGGAAGCAGAGAUUCGACACGCUAUGGGACAAACAACAACACCUUUCAAAGGCAAUACAACUUUACCUGAGUAUGAGUGGCGCAGGCCUGAUCCUGAUGAAGAUUGGGAAACAGGUAUGUGGAUGAUCUGCACUUAUGUGCUAGAGUAAGUUAUAUUGUAGUAUUUAUUUGGUGAU